AUGAUGAAAAGAGUAGCCGUAGUUACUGGAGCAAAUAAAGGCAUAGGUUACGCAAUUGUAGAUAAACUUUGUUCAUUGUUUGAUGGAAUUAUUUAUUUAACUGCACGUAAUGAAGAAUUUGGUUUACAAGCUCUUAAACAACUUCAUACAACAAAUCCUGAUAGUGAAAAAAAAGUUAAAUUUCAUCAAUUAGAUAUAACAAAUGUUGAAAGUAUUCAUCGACUUGCUGAACAUAUAAAACGAACACAUGGUGGAUUAGAUAUUCUUAUAAAUAAUGCAGCAAUUGCUUUUAAAUCAAAUGAUAUUACUCCAUUUGGUGAUCAAGCUGAAAUAACAGCUCAGACAAAUUUUUUCGGUACGAUUAAUGUAUGUAAUGCUUUAUUUCCGCUUCUACGAGAUCAUGCACGUAUUGUCAAUGUCUCUAGUCGAGCUGGAAUGCUUGAUUCAAUAAAAAAUCCUGAAAUACGUCAAAAUCUAAUUGCACAUACAGCAACUAUUGAAUCUGUAUCCGAUAUUCUUAACGAUUUUAUCAAAAAAGCAAAACAAAAUUCACAUCAAGAUGAUGGUUAUCCAAAUUCUGCUUAUGGUAUGAGUAAACUUGCUGUAAUAGCUGUAACAUUGAUUCAACAACGACAUUUUGAUGAAAAACCACAACGAGAUAUUGUUGUAAAUGCUUGUUGUCCUGGUUAUAUUAAUACUGAUAUGACAUCAAGGAAAGGUGCAGGUACACCAGAACAAGGUGCGGAUACUCCAGUUUAUUUGGCAACACUUGAACCUAAUAUAAGAUCACCACGAGGUGAAUUUGUUGCUGAAAGAAAAAUUCUUAAAUGGAAAUGUUAA